CUCUGCCGUGUUGACGGCAUCUGACGUGUCUCCGUCAACACAACAAUGGCGGACACCGUAGAGGAAGCUCUUGAAGGCAGCUGGGACCACGAUCUAGCUGAGGCUCUGGACUCUGGAGGCUCAGAUAUGGAGAUGGAGAGAAGCAUCAUCCAGGUCCAGGAGCAAUCCGCCCAACACAGGGCCAAGAUGUGGAAGAUCGCUUUGAAUGUUUCUGGAAAAGGGGACAGUCUGUCACCAUGGGACGGCAUUCUGGAUUUACCGGAACAGACACUCAUUCACAACCGCAGCCAGCAGCUGAUCGACGCGCUCGGCGUGUCGGAGGAGGAGAGGAGCGACAUGGUGUCUGAUGUGGAGUCCGUCAUCACUUUUUACUGUAAGUCCAGAAACAUUUCGUUCACACCUGAGCUGAGCUGGCCGCACCUCCUCAAACCUCUCCUGGGCCUUCAGCUCCCCCGCAGUGACCUCUACAACUGCUUCUACGCUAUCAUGAACAAAUACAUCCCCAGGGACUGUGUGCCAAACGGCAGACCGUUCCACCUCUACAGACUCCUGCUGCAGUACCACGAACCAGAACUCUGCUCCUUCUUGGACACCAAAAAGAUCACACCAGACUCCUACGCCAUCAACUGGCUGGGCAGCCUGUUUUCCAGUAACUGCCUUCCUGAUGUGACCCAGGCCCUGUGGGACUUCUACCUCCAGCAGGCUGACCCCUUCCUCAUGUUCUUUCUCAUGCUCAUCAUCCUCGUCAAUGCCAAAGAGAGCAUCCUGACACAAGAAGGAGAAAGCAAAGAAGACAUCAUCAAAAAUCUUGAAGCGUCUCCUUCUCUCCUGGAGGCUGAGGACAUUGAAGAUUUGUUUUCUUUGGCUCAGCACUACCAGAGCAAGACCCCUCUGUCACUCCGAAAGAUGAAUCAGAAUCUGUUUGGCAGCAGCUUGGUGGCUCUGAAAGAAGAAGACACUGACCUGAGUCAGGCUCUGUGUCUCCCCGUGUCUGUCCCUGAAAUCCUGCAGGCCAACCAGCUGCAGCAGGACGGAGUGCGCUUCUUUGUGGUGGACUGUCGGCCUGCAGAGCAGUACAACGCCGGGCACCUCUCCACAGCCUUCCACCUCGACUCUGACCUGAUGCUGCAGAACCCUUCAGAGUUUGCUCUGUCGGUCAAAUCCCUCCUGGAGGCUCAGAAACAGUCUCUGGAGUCCGGCUCCAUCGCCAGUGGGGAGCACCUGUGCUUCAUGGGCAGCGGGAGGGAAGAGGAGGACAUGUACAUGAACAUGGUGUUAGCACACUUCUUACAGAAAAACAAAGAGUACGUCAGCAUCGCUAAAGGAGGCUUCAUGGCCCUCCAGAAGCAUCUGGUGGACAUGAACAUCGAGGGUCUGGACUCUUCAUACCUUCACUGGAUUGUCAGCACGUCAGGAUCUCACAGCAGCCUCAGCUCUGCCGAUGGAGAUUCUCUGAGCAGCCCCGGGGACAGCAAAGGCGUCAAAUCUCUGGUCAACAAAAUGACGUUCGCUCUGAAGUCAAAGUCGGUGAACGUGAAGGAGAAGAUGAUCAGCUUCAUCGAGAACACCUCCACUCCUGUAGAAAGAAUGUCUUUCAAUCUGCCCUGGCCUGAGAAGGUGGUCCCUGAUAGGCACGUGAGCAGCAGUGAUCGUGUCGGCAAACCGUACCGCGGGGUGAAACCUGUUUUCAGUAUCGGUGAUGAAGAGGAGUACGAUACAGAUGAGAUCGACAGCUCGUCCAUGUCAGACGACGACAGGAAGGAGAUUGUCAACAUUCAGACCUGGAUCAACAAACCAGACGUGAAACAUCACAUUCCCUGUAAUGAAGUGAAGGAAACGGGUCACAUGUUCCCCAGUCACCUGUUGAUCACAGCGACUCACAUGUACUGCCUGCGGGAGAUCGCCUCCAGGAAAGGUUUCGCCUACAUCCAGUCCAGACAGGCGCUGAACUCUGUGGUGAAGAUCACGUCCAAAAAGAAACAUCCGGAACUGAUCACGUUCAAGUUCGGAAGCAACAACUCAGCCGGGGUCGAGAUAUCAGCUGUGGAAAGAUAUUUGAUACCCAACGCAGGCGAUGCCACAAAGGUCAUCAAGCAGCAGAUCAUGAAAGUCCUCGAUGCUUUGGAGAGCUCAUAAAGGGAGAUGACGGGGCCGCGAGAGCCUGUCAUUAUAAAACUGUAAGAAAAGAGUCUCAGUGUGUCAGGAGUGAAACCUUCUCCCGCACAGAUCCUGUGUCCUGAGCAGAGACGGAUCUCUCUGUGUGUGUCUGUGUUUGGGACAUGCAGACACGCUGCUGACUGCAGGCCUGAUGGACAGGCUGUGUGAGGAAAUACUUAGGUGCUCCGCAGUCAUCAAACUGUUCUCUUACACUAAGUUAAUUCAUGUUGGUUUUACUGUAAGUCUUUUUUUUUAGUACUGACAAAAAUUCGUUUCUUAUUUCAGUGCAGUUUCACUUUGCCGAACCUCCUCUGGCCUUAACGUAGCGCACUGACCGACCUGUUCACGCAACGGACCUUUUCCUUUCAGCAUCCCUGUUUUGACCUGUGUUCUUUGCAGUGAACUGAAUCUUAGUUAACUUCUCGGAUGUGUUAGAUUUAAUUGCUUUGGUCAGGAAGUGUGCAUGAGGCUCAAACAUUAAGACGCACAUCAUCUGAUUUUGAUAACUUUUGUUCCCAGCAGGCAGCCUUAAAUAGAUCUUAUUUGAGGGUGUUUAUAAAUAUUAAUGUAUAUAUUGUUGUAAACUGCUCUAUAUCAGCACAGACCUUUGCAAUGUUGAAUUUUUGAAGCAUAUCUUCAUAGGUAGAACAUGCAGUGAAACUUAAACAGGAAGCUCCCCUUCUUCAUAGAGUAAGAAAGCCUUUUAAAGUAUCCAGAGAUGGUUCUUCGCUUCACCGGAAAUGAACUCGUCUCAUAGCAGUGUGAUGUAGCUGCCUGAAGGCACCAGUCACAGCCCCUCUGGACUACAUCAGUAUUACGAACAGGAGGUUCAGAGUCUGCAGUUUCAAAGAGCCCGAGCACCUCAGUAUUUUUCCAUCUUAUCAGAGUCAGUGUUGGGAUUAUUUUUCACAGUUAAACUGACGAGAGUGAGGAUGAAUUAGAGCUCUUUGACACAUGGAUUAAAACGCUUUCUGUAUCUGGACAAGGAAAAAACAUUGACUGUGUAUAUGUAUGGAUGACAUGUCUCCUACUUCUGUUCUGCAAAAGUAAAGCCAAAAUUACUUUAUGAAGGUUUACACAGUAAGGAUCGUCUAGAGGAGACAGUGAUGACAUCUAAACACAUUUACCUUAUUGAUGAAAUAUCCCACAGGACUGAAGAGUUCACAGUCUUGCAGUGAAGUGACGCUCCUGAAUAUUGAAGUUGAACGACUCUUGUGUUGGGAGUUUAAGUCUCCUCUCACUGUUCCACCUUUACUCACAGAGUUGCAGGUGUCACAUUUGUCAGAAGAGCUGGCAUGAAAUCCCCUUUUUUUUGUUUUAUUCUCUAAUUUAAAAUCAGCAUGAGCUAUACUGCAGCCAGCCAGUAGGGGGAGCACUUCAUGUUUUGAAUUCACUUUAAAAGGACUGUCAUGUCAUCAAUUUUUAUAAAGCUUGUGGCUAUAAAUACAUUUUGAUGGUAGCAGGAUGUUUAGAUCAGUCUGACCACCUCAUAAAGAAGUCUGACUCACGUUGCGUUCGUCUUUGAUGAAGGUAUAAAUGUAAUCUUGUCAUCCUGCUAUCAUCUCUACCUUUCUUAUUCUGCUCUGACCUCAAGCUCAGGUGUUUCAUGGAGCUCAUGAGAUCUGAGGAUAAUGAGAACAUACAAAUAUAAACAUAUGAAUGCAAAAAAAACAGGAUAGCAUGUCUGCUUUCCUGUCAACAAGUCCAGAUACAGACGGGUUUUGAUAUCCAGUGAAAACAGGCUUCAAACGUCUGAUAAUGUUCACACCUGGGAGGUGAUUACUGUACAUGCUAACUUCUAAAUAUUUAGGAUGAAAAAGUGUCCGUAAGCUUUGAAUGGAAUGAAAGAUUGUAAAAAGAAAAGUCAUGAUAUACUUCUGUUUUCAGAUCAUUAUUGUCCAUGUUCUUCGUCAUGAAUAAGCAGCUUCUGUUAGUUGCCACUGUUGCCUUCGGCCUCAUGCCUGUGAUGUGAUUUUGGCACCAGCAGUGGCAACAGUAUCACAGUGAACCGCUGCUCGUCCUCUUCUCCUCCGCUCUGUUUCUGACUUUACUUUGCUUUGUUCUUUGCUUACUCACUCAUUGUGUUGAAGUCUUGUCGUGAAGGCAGCCUGGGUUUGAAUGAUGCAGAAACGUUCCUGAAACUCAACAGAGAAACAUUUCACAUUUGGACAACGAUGAAACCAAAACUUGAAUGAGAGACUCGUGUAUCUGGUCUUCCUUCACUCCAGUCGUACAUAGCAUUCCUGUGUAACUCAUGCAUUGUGUUGUAACUUUGUGAUAUUUCUCAGUGUUGACUGGAGCGUCAGUGACCAGGAGUCUUUGCUCUGUAACAUCGCAGGUAGAGGAUGUCACCACUCGUCCAAAUGCAACAUGUCUCUGAAGUGUGAUUUGCACCUUACUGUACUGCUUUUGUUUUCUAAGCGUUUCUGUUUUUAAUAAAUGGAGAUUAUUCAACUGCA